AUGUGUAAUAAAAUAGUUUUAGUAUUAGUGGUGGUAGCAAUUGGCAAAUGUCACAUUCACAAUAAAUUUCCAGAGAAUUUCAAGUUUGGAGUGGCCUCAUCAGCCUAUCAAAUAGAAGGAGGAUGGAACGCAAACGGUAAAGGGGAAAAUAUCUGGGACCACUUUACUCACAAUUUUCCAAACAGUACAGCAGAUAGAACCAAUGGUGAUAUUGCUUGUGACUCGUACCAUCUUUGGAAAAACGAUAUCGCUCUUCUUAAAUAUUUGAAUGUCAGUUUUUACAGAUUUUCAAUUUCUUGGUCAAGAAUCCUUCCAACGGGAUUUACUAAUACGAUAAAUUUAGACGGUGUUCGAUACUACAACAACAUUAUCGACGAAUUAAUUAGAAACAAGAUUGAACCGAUGGUAACCCUGUACCAUUGGGACUUACCACAACCAAUACAAGAUAUUGGUGGGAUGACAAACCCAUUAAUUGCUGAUUAUUUUGUUGAUUACGCUACAACAGCGUUUUAUUUUUUUGGCGACAGAGUAAAAACUUGGAUAACAUUCAAUGAACCUAUCAAAAUAUGUCUUCAAGGAUAUGAAAAUGGUUUAUAUGCCCCGGGAAUUAAAUCAAGGGGUAUUGGAUGUUAUUUGUGCUCCAAAACACUUCUUUUGGCGCACGCUAAUACAUAUCAUGUUUAUAAAAGUUAUUUUAAAUCAGUACAGCAUGGUAAAGUGGGAAUUGCGAUUGAUUCCGAUUGGUACGAACCCAAAACAAAUUCAAAAGAGGAUGAAAAAUCUGUUGAACGUGUACUACAAAUGAAUUUUGGAUGGUGGAUAAAUCCGAUUUUCUCUAAAGGCGGAAAUUACCCUAGAAUUAUGAGAGAACGAAUUGACAAGUUCAGCAAAACUCAAAAUUUUAGUAUAUCACGACUUCCAGUGUUAACAUCUUCUGAAAUAAGGACAAUUAAGGGAACCUACGACUUUUUAGGAUUAAACCAUUACAGUUCUAAACUUGUUAAAGCAAGAACGUCAUUACUUUCUAGGAUGCCUUCAUUUGAUAACGACGUUAGAGUUGAUAUUGAAACGGAUCCUAAUUGGGAGAAGUCUGCACUCGAGUUAAUGCCUGUAGUUCCUUGGGGAUUAAGGAAGCUCCUUAAUUGGAUCAGAAAAAUGUAUAAUAACCCGACAGUGUAUAUUACCGAAAACGGUUAUCCAGAUAAAGGAGGCUUAGACGAUGAAGAUAGGAUUAGCUACCAUACACAAUAUUUAAAUGAGCUUAUUAAUGCAAUACGAGAUGGAUGCAAUGUGCAGCGAUAUACAAUUUGGAGUUUAAUGGAUAGCAUGGAGUGGACUUCUGGAUACAAAAUUAAAUUUGGUUUGUAUCAUGUGGACUUCAGUGACGAAAAUCGACCUCGAACACCAAAAAAAUCAGCUAGUUUUUAUAAGAAUGUUAUCAGAGAUCAUGGAGUGCCAAACAUCAAACGGAAUAUUAAUUAAUAAAAGUAAUCUUUUGCAAGCAAAAUUUUUUUACGUUAAAGCAUUUCCAUAUAGUAUAAUAAAAUAAUAUUUAAUUACAGAAAAUGUAGAAUUAGAUAAAUAAAUAAUAGAUCAAAUAACUGGGGUGUCUCUUUACUUUUGUAUUACUGAUUAUGCACAGUGGCGGGAUUGUAAGUACAGGAUAUAUACCUAUUAGUGAAUUAAUUUAACCCACUGCAAACAAUCUCUAAUUAAUUAGAAAAAAAUUGUUGCCGUUAUCACUCUCUUGCCGGGAAUCGAACCCGAGCAUCGAGAAAAAUGUUACUUUUGUUUGUGUAAAAACCUAUCACUGAAUUUAAAAU